ACACACGCACACACUGGCAGGCACACGCGACAAUGUGACACCCACGCGCGCGCACAACGCACGCGCGCGCGCACAGCGCACACAGCGGUAAGAUGGCGUGUGUGAGCUGCGCUAACUCCCUAGCGCAGAGACAACGCUGCGCUUAGCGGCGAGCUGGAGGAAUCGAGCGCGCGCACACAGGCACACAGACACAGGCGUACAGACAGGCACACACACGCACACAGGCACACACGCGCACGCACGCGCGGGGCACGGCCAAGCGAGCAAAGGAAGGGACAGGAACGGCGCAGCCGUCCCGUUUCCCCGUCUCGACAUCGUUUUAUUUUCGGCUCAGUCAUCCGCAACCACUACCACCGUCAUCGUGACCAACCCAAGCAAGCACCGACCGGGUCUCAUUCAUUUUCCUAUGAUUCUCAAGCGAUGUGGACUCCUACGGACCACGAGAAAUUUGGAGUGGUGGUCAGUAACUUUUGCGCCCCGGUGUCACACGCCCUGCCUCUGGAGAUCGGAGAGUGCGUUCAGAUCUUGGAGAAAUGUGAAGGCUGGUACAGAGGAUUUUCAGUCAGAAAUUCAGAAGUCAAGGGCAUCUUUCCUGCCAACUACGUCUACCUGAAGAAGGCGUUCGUCAACAACAGAGGAAAGUCAGAGGUGGCUGCUCCAUUGGAGGACUCGACUGUCCUUGAAGUGACCUCGACUCUCAAGGAAUGGGGGGUGCUCUGGAAGCAGCUGUAUCUGACCCAGCGUUUGGAGCUGUUCUACAAGCUGCGGCACGUGAUGCACGAGCUGCUGGACCUGCGGCGACAGAUCAUCUCAGGACAUCUCACUCUGGACCAGGUGCGCGAAGUCAAGCGCCUCAUCACGGUGCGCCUCGACUGGGGAAACGAACAGCUGGGCUUAGACUUGGUGCCAAGAAGAGAUUUUGAUCUUGUGGAUCCAGACCAAAUCAGUGUUACUGACCUCUACAAACUGCAUGCAUCGAGCAGAUACAGCACUCAGCAGAACCCCGUCCUGUGCCUGCUCUGCUCACGGCGCUGCUGUCUCCAACCCCCACAGAGCGAGGGCCGCUCGCGCUCCGAGCAGCUCGCUCGGCCCCCCCUCCCGCACCACCUGCACCUGAGCCUCAAGAGCUUUGGCUACAACAUCUACGGCGAGGAUGUAGACCUCUACUUCUCGCUCUACGACGGCCGGGAGGGGCGGCCCGUCAGUGAGAAAUUCGUGGUGAGGCUCAACAAGCAAGGGAUGCCCAAGAAUAACGAGAGGCUGGAUCGGCAGUGUGUUCUCUUCACUGACCUUGGAUACAAGGACUUGAAGCGAGACCUCUAUGUCGUCGUUCACGUCGUGAGAUCGGGCCGAAUGCUGCCCAACGACUCGAAGAAGGGCCCGUCGAACGUGCACUACCGCCGGCCCUACGGCUCGGCCGUGCUCAGCCUCGGCGAGUGGCUGCAGUCCGAGUCGGAGUGCCGUGACGAGAAGGAGUUCGUCCUCAAAGUCUACACGUGCAACAAUGAAAACGAGUGGCAUCAGAUCCAGGACAAUAUCAUAAAGAAAUCCAGCACAAAGUACAACCCAGCCUCUUCCAAUUACGGGCUGAUAGUGUCACUGCAGAUGCUGCAUGGAGAGAUGGACCAAAUGAAACGCGAGCACCCCAUCAUCUUUUCCCGUGGCGUGCCUUUCGCAAGGAAACUCGGCUUCUCAGACGUCAUCAUGCCAGAGAAGAAGAUUGUAGGUUGCGACAUCCGCAACGACCUGUACAUCACGCUGGAGCGCGGCGAGUUCGAGCGGGGAGGCAAGAGCGUGCAGAAGAACAUCGAGGUGGCCAUGUUCGUGCUGGACGCCGAGGGAGAGAUCCUGAAGGACUGCGUCAGCCUGGGCGCCGGCGAGCCGUACAUGCGAGACUUCCACUCCUUCGUGCUCUACCACAACAACAGCCCCCGCUGGGGGGAGAUCCUGAAGCUCGCCAUCCCCGUCGACAAGUUCCGCGGCUCUCACCUGCGCUUCGAGUUUCGACACUGCUCAACAAAGGAGAAGGGAGAGAAGAAGCUCUUUGGCUUUGCCUUCACCCCCCUCAUGAGAGAAGACGGCACGACGUUGUCCGACGAAACGCACGAGCUCUACGUGUACAAGUGUGAGGAGAGUGCAGGCUUCAGCAACCCGGCCUACUACCUGAGCCUGCCGUGCUGCAAGGACGACUCGGGGGCGUCCGGGGCAACUGUGGGUCCCUCGGUGUCCACCACGAGCCUCGUGUACCCGCGCAGUCACAAGGAGUCGCUGUGGAUCAGCACCCUGCUGUGCUCCACCAAGCUCACCCAGAACGAAGACCUUCUCGCGCUCCUUAAAUGGAAAGUUCACACCGACACUGUGCAAGACAUCCUGGGCAGGCUGAGACAAGUGAAAGGAGAGGAAAUCGUGAAGUUUUUACAAGACAUCUUGGACACUCUGUUCGCCAUAUUAGAUGACAGCACCGAGAAGUACGGCCCUUUGGUUUUUCAGUCGCUGGUCUUCGUCGUCAAUUUGCUGCGAGACACAAAGUUUCUGCACUUCAGGCCUGUCAUGGAAACUUACAUCCAGAAGCAUUUCGCAGGAGCGCUUGCCUACAAGGAGCUGCUGCGCUGUAUGAAGUGGUACCUGGAUCGAUCGCUGGACAGCAUUCGACACGAGCAUAUUCAAGACGCCCUGAGGGCCAUGGAGUACCUCUUCAAGUUCGUGGUGCAGUCGCGCAGCCUGUACGCGCGUGCCACCGGCGGCUUGGAGGAGGAGGAGUUCCGCGCAGCCAUCCGAGAGCUCUUCCACUCCAUCAAGCUCAUCCUGUGCCAGGACGGCAGGGACAACGAGGGGCUCGUCUACACGCAGGUGACGCUCCUUACGUCGCUGCCGGCCAUCUACGAGGAGCUGCUGCGCAUGUUCAAGUCGCGCGAGGUGGCCGACCUGGUGCGCGACGCACUGGGCAGCCUGCCCACGGUGCAGCAUGCCGCGCCGGGCCUCGACACAGUGCGGCUGCAGUGCGUGGGGCGCACCGUGGAGAGCAAGCUCUUCCUCAACCCGGAGUCUCGGCGAUUCCUUUUGCCGGUGGUUCUCCAUCACAUCCGCAUGCACCUGGAGCAUCAGAAGGAGCCCCUGGUCUGCUCGGGAAUCCUCAGCAACAUCUUCUCCAUCAUGAAGAAGAGCUCCGGCGACCCGCGGGUCUGCGAGGAGGUGGACAUGAUCGUGGAGAGCUUGCUGGAGGUGCUGAUGAAAACCGUCGCCGGCGUCAUGAGUAAAGGCCUCCGACACGAGCUUGUGGGAGAAUAUGUGUCAUGCCUGCUGUCUCUGCUCAGACAGAUGUCUGACAGACAUUACCAGCAGCUCCUCGAAAACUUUUCCUCCAAAGAAUCGCUGAAGGAAUUCGUCCUUCAGAUCUUCUCCGUCUUCAGCAUCCUCAUGAAGCAGGAGGUCUUCCCGCGUGACUGGAUGGUUAUGAGGAUGGUGAUCAGCAGUGUAAUUGUGACGACGAUGAAGCAACUGAGCCCAGCUCUCCAUCAGAACUUUGGCAAUGAAUCCUUUGACAUUCAGAUCUGGACGUUUUACUUCUCACUCGCGGUGCUCUUCAUCAACCAGCCGAGUCUGCAGCUGGAAGCCUUCAGCCCCCUGAAGAGGAAGCAGAUCCUGAGCAAGUAUGGAGACAUGAGAAUCCUCAUGGCCCAUGAGGUCUUCAGAAUGUGGCAGAGCCUUGGGGACCACAAGGCUCACUUCAUCCCCGGGCUGCUGGGCCCCUUCCUUGAGGUGACCUUGGUGCCACAGACAGAGCUGAGGCGCGUGCUCAUCCCCAUCUUCCACGAAAUGAUGGACUGCGAGCAGAGGAAGAACGGCUCCUUCAAGCAGGUGGAGGCAGAGAUUAUCGACAAGCUGGACAGUCUGCUGUCAGAGGGCAGAGGCGACGAAGACUACAGGGAACUCUUCAGCUUAAUAACCCCGCUAUUCGGACCAUAUCCGAGUUUGCUGGAGCGGAUUGAGCAGGAGACGUGGAGGGAGAGUGGCGUCUCCUUCGUUACAUCAGUCACUCGCCUCAUGGAGAGGCUGCUGGACUACAGGGAUUGCAUGAAGGGAGACGAGGUAGAAGACAAGAAAAUUGGCUGUGCCGUGAGUUUGUUGAACUUCUACAAAACGGAAAUCAACAAAGAAGAAAUGUACAUCCGCUACAUCCACAAGCUGUGUGACAUGCACCUGCAGGCACAGAACUACACGGAGGCGGGCUUCACGCUGCUGCUCUACUGCGAGCUGCUGGGCUGGGACGAGCGUCCGCUCGGCCCGUUCCUGCACUACCCGGCGCAGAGCGAGUGGGAGCGCAAGGAGAGCCUCCUCCUCAAGAUCCUGCACUUCUUCCACAAGGGCAAGUGCUGGGAGUUUGGCAUUCCACUGUGCCGGGAGCUGGCUGGACAGUACGAGGCCCUCUACGACUACCAGCGGCUGAGUUCGGUCCGGAAAACGGAGGCGGCUUACUACGACAACAUCAUCGAGCAGCAACGCCUGGAGCCGGAGUUUUUCAAAGUCGGCUUCUACGGGAAAAAGUUUCCCUUCUUCCUUCGGAACAAGGAGUUUGUGUGCCGGGGCCACGACUACGAGCGGCUGGAGACGUUCCAGCAGCGCAUGCUGAGCGAGUUCCCGCACGCCGUGCCCAUGCAGCACGCGGGCCAGCCCGACGACGCCACCACGCACGCCGACGCGCAGUAUAUCCAGAUUUUUGCCGUCUCCCCGGUGCCCGGCGUCUCGGAAGUACUGCGCAACGAACGCAUACCGGAGAGAAUCAAGAGCUUCUACCGCGUCAACAACAUCUGCAAAUUCCGUUAUGACCGGCCCCUCUACAAAGGCACCAAGGACAAGGAAAAUGAGUUCAAGAAUCUCUGGGUUGAACGAACCACAUUAAUUCUCAAGCAGCCUCUGCCCGGAAUAUGCCGUUGGUUUGAAGUUGACAAGAGGGAAGUGGCGGAAAUGAGCCCCCUGGAGAACGCCAUCGAGGCGGUGGAGAACAAGAACACGGAACUGCGGCUGCUCAUCGGGCAGUACCGCACUCAGCCUCCACACAACCUCAACCCCCUGAGCAUGUGCCUCAACGGCGUCAUCAACGCGGCCGUCAACGGAGGCAUCGCCCGAUACCAGGAGGCAUUUUUCGACAAAGAAUACUUGGCAACCCACCCAGAAGACGUGGAAAAGAUUGGCCGCUUAAAGGACGUGAUGCUUGAGCAGGUGUACAUCCUUGGGGCUGGCCUCAGCGUCCACGAGCGAUUUGUACACCCGGAGAUGCGGCCCCUACACCGCAAGCUCCUGGAGCAGUUCCAGAUGAUGAGAAGCAGCCUGGCCAGUCAGGACUUAAUGUCCAUGGGCAGAAUCAGUCCGGCGUUUGCCGCAAGCUUGGGCCAACCCAAUGUGUUUUCCCCAAACAGCAUGAAGAUCUUCAACCGACAAAGCUCGCUCAGCCUUCCAGGAUCGAAUCGCGUUUCAUCAUCUUCACUGUCGUCCCAGGCUUCUGCCGAGACUGGGAACAUGGCAGCCCUCUCCGACAGCCUGCAGCCAAGCUCCUCAUCAUCAAGCUUGAGCUCAGCCCAUUCCGUGUCCGCACACAUCAUCAGCUCUGCUCCGUGCAGCGCCAGAGGCUCGCCCAUGCUGUCGGACAAGUACCGCCACUGCCGCGACCCCACGGGCCUCUCGGCGCUGAUGCGAGACCGCCCGUGCAGCGCGGUCUUCCCCGUCAUCUCUGAGCACGGCCAGCAGCCACCAGCGAUGCACAGGGCUUUGAUCCAGCAGGUGACAGGAUCAGGAAAACUCUCCAGUGACCCCAACCUCUCAAUGGCUGAGCGCGCUGUCCCAGCGGCGCCCAGCAGCUGGAGUCUGGACAGCGGCACCAGGGACAUGUCCAUCUACAUGAAGAGCAAGGGGUCUGUCCUGGGGCCUCCACCCGUGCCCCCCAGGGUUGGACACCCCGGAAUGCUCCCCAUUGGGUUUGAGGCGUUCCACCAGCAAAUCACUGACAUUCCCCCAGCACUGCCCAUGCGUAACCUACACAAGAUGUCCCUGCGUUCGCUGGCGGGCUCGCCGACGGGCCAAACGACAGCCGCACGCGAGCUCAACUGCAGCCACUCCACCCUGUCAGCGAGCGCCAGCAGCGGCGUGUCCUCGCUCAGCGACUGCGUGUCGCUGGCGGGGGGAGCGGCAGCGCCCGGCGCGACACCCCAGGGCGGUGAGGUCCCGCUGCCUAAGGACGAGGCCUCCCCGCCAGAGCCCGACGCCGGCGCCCAGCCGCCGGGGCCGCAGCACCAGCGGCACAACAGCGGCGGCAGCGGCAGCAGCCACCACAGCCACCACCAUCACCACCACCACCACCACAACAGCAACCACCACCACCAGCAGCAGCAGCAGCAUCAGCAGCAGCAGCAGCAGCACCACCACCACCACACGCACCCACACCACCGGCAGCACCCACCGCAGCCCCCUCGUAGCCGCUCGGAGCCCAACACGGUGGGGCAGCGGCCCACCACGCCCCGCGCCCGGACACCGCAGCCGUGCCGCGACGGCGCCGGGGGUGGCGGCAGCUCCAACCGCAGCGACAGCAACGACAGCAACGACAGCUCCCCAAGCAGCGGCGGCGGCAGGCCCAACACCCUGCCCAAAGCCAAGACGCUGUCGCCGCAGACGUCGAUGUACAGCGAGAGCCACCUGUGAAGGCGCCGAAUAGAAUUAGAGAGGAAAUGCGAAAUGCGGUGGUGACGGGAGCGUGCGCUGUCGAUCCAGAUCGGUCCCGUGAAUUUCAGACGGUUCGUCAUGCGCCUCUUGAUUUAAGCCACAGUAAAAGUCUAGAGGUUGUGCCCCCUUGAUUACGUCCUCGCGCCAACUCCUGGUGAGAAGGGCCUCGGCUAGAGUAAGCUCUAGCCGAGCCCCUUCUCGAGGGUGUUUUUGGCCUGCUCUUCCAUGCUGCCUAGAUGUCUUUGGAGAUGUGGGAGUACCCACACUUUGCCCCACCGCACACGGCCUGCCGAUCCGACUAACCGCGGUGUAUCCAUUCAUGCCGGUGGGUGGACAAAUGUGGGGGGGAUUUGCGAAACUUGCCCCGCAAUUUCAACUUUAGCCACAGCGCUUGCGUGAAUUUACCGCACGAAGGAAAAGAUGGGUUUAUGUUUUUGAUUACUUCUUUGACGAAUGUAGUUGUAGAAUUUAAAGGUAUAAGCAUAGGGCAUGAGGUUUAUUUAUUAGUAUUUCUGUCAUGAAAUAUUCAUGGUAAUUUGGUUGGGUUUUUUUUUUGUAGCCAGAUAUGGACAAGGUUGAAUAAUUAAAACAGAAUGUGUUAAACAAGAAAGCACAGCAUGACUUGUGGCGAGAAUCAAUAAUCUGCUGAAUUGUUUCAUAAAAAAAAAGUUGCCUUUUCCGAGUGGACCUUGUUAAAAAAAUAUAUAUCAAAAGGAAAAAAAUACCACAGGUACGCAAAAUUUAGUUAACAUCAUCAAGAGCAAAACAUUUAUGUGAACCCCGAUACUGCCGAUUUUGUGUUCACAUUUGUUCACGAGUAUAAACACUGUAAAAAAAAGUGAGACAUUUGCUCAAAAUGUAAAAAAAAACCUUGCACCUUGAAUGUUAGUAAAUAUUAGAUUGUUUUCUCUCCGGCAGAUCCGCCAAUUCUCCCCUUACGCGUGUCACAUUUAACAUGAGCCCCCAUAUUCACCAAUGCUUUUUUUUACAGCAGUAAUGCACUUGUUCAUGGUCUUGCUGUCUGUGCGCGGUCGGCUACGUACGGUGCGAAAGAAGAUCAACGUGCGCACAUUAAUGCUGUUCUGACCCCAUCCUGCUAUCGUCGUUGGCUCGAUACAAGUGAGAGAGUUCUGGGGGGUUUUUUUUCGGGUUUGUGUAUUUUUUCCGAAUGCUUCUGGCGCAUCACAACGAGGAGGGCGCCAAGGGCCUGGAGGUAGACAAACAAGGCGCGGAAUGGAUUCGUGUCGUUUGCAUGCAUUGCGCUGUGUUCAUCCUGCGAUGUUGCAGAUUGCCUUCGAGCGUAGAUCUCUCUGUGGUUUUUCUAAGUUGGUGUACGUCGUCUGCGUCUGCUGCUGCUGUGCUUGCAGUAGCGGGAGUAGAAGCAAUUUAAACAUGGUGAAACAUGCUUCGUGGGUAACGUAAGACUCUUAUAAACCUAAUUGUGGUUGUGGUAAAAAAAAAAUUCUAAACAUGUUUUUACAUAUUUUUUUCGUGUUUUAAGUUUAAUACCUGAAAAGUUCCCAGAUAAUGGUGGACGCUUAAUUAUUUAUCAUCAUUAUUAUUAUCAUCACGUGUCAUUUUUACCACUGGUAAAAACGUUAACAAUUGCUUUUGUAUUUUAAAGUGGUUAAAAAGUGGUAUGACUUCAUCAGGUUGUGUAGUAGUUGCUAUUGUUCAGCCACGGAACUCUGAAUAUGACUACUGAGCUUUUAAUCACAUGACUUGGCAGUGGUUAGGGGUACUGUAAACAUUAGCAGCGUUCUAUUCUAGAUGGUAAACUACUUCAGAGUUUACAGGGCUCUAGAAAUGUUUUCUAACCAGUCUUUAUCAUGUCAUUAGUGGUAUGCUUGAGUUUUUGCGUGUAUUCUUGAUUUAUGUUUUAAAUAUACAUUGAUGAAUGCAUUAAAACAUAAACUUUGAGCAGUGAACAUUAAAAAAAUAAUUAGGUCGGGUAGAGUGAAUUCAUGAGAUCGUAAAGUAAACGGCACUUUAAAUUUGUGUAACAUUUUUUUAUGCAAACAAGAAGAAUUUAUAUUAAAAAAAACAUCUAUUUACUUUGUGUCAUGGUUUUAAAACACAUUUAGUGUCGCAUUUUAUUAACUGGCCAUUCGGGGUGUAACGAUUCAGGGCCCCCCCCCCCUCGCGAAUCGAUUAAUUGUCUGUGAUUCAGAGUCACGAUUCGAUACCAUAAUCAAUUUUUUUGUAACAUUGCAGUGAAUGUAAGUGGCAUCUCGUGGCUGCAACAGUCACAUGAACCCAUGGCCACAUACAACAUUAACUCUUGGUAAAACGUCAACAACAACAAAAUCUACGUAUGUCAACUUAAAAAUCAUUAGUUAUGGAAUCGAUGCAUCGUUACACCUCUCCUAGCCACACUUAUCCAUUUGAGUAGCAAUCUAUAUGAGUAGUUUUAUCAACCGACAUCUCAUUAAGAGGGAUUCAACUUAUUCUCUGUUCGCGUGACACAUUCUACUAUACACCGUGCUUUAAUUAAUAUUCCUACGUCAACGGAACCGCAACAUUUAAGUUUUAGUUAAAAUAAAUGAUUGUAGUACGACCUUAAAACUGUAACCCAAAAAAUAUUGUGAUAUUAACAAUCAAAUUACUGGGUUAAAGUUGGUGAUCACGUCCCAUAUGCUGUACCUUUUGUAUACCUACUGCCCAGUGGAAGUGGACUGAAAUAUGUACAGAAGUGUUGGUAACCCUCUUUCUGCAUUGCUGUACAUUUUUAUCUGCCUGGUAUUCGCUUAACAUGCCUAGUUUGCAGUGACGUCUAAGUGAAUAUGCAGUAAAUUGGUGCAUGUUCCGUGCGGUUAACAAAAGCAUUUAUUGUACAGUAUAGUUUUACGUAUAUUCUGCACUUUGUUAAAGGUUUCUAUAAUGUUAUCGGCAGGGCAAAGAGGAGCAAUGGUUUAACAACACCUCAUUUCCUUUUGGAGUAAAAAAAAAACCUUUUCAUUUAUUUUUUUACAUUAAACAGUAAAAUCAAAACAAAAACACGAGUGUGCAUGAAUGCUCGAAUUUAAAACUGCCAAGACAUUGGUUUUUACUCCAAACUUGAGUGUGAUCACCCCCACCCCCUCCAAAAAUGCAUGUCAAUGCCGACCUUCAAAUGCAAUCACAUUUCCGCACCGCUAUUUUUUUUCUCUCCAACUAAACCCACAAUUUGGCACGCACCAAAGCCGGCAUUCACAGCUCAUACGAAGUGCACAUUAUUUGAGCAGUUUUAUUCUUAAGCGUUUUUUUUUUGGGAGGGCCCAUUGUUUCACUUCUAGGCUCAGGGCGUCUCCGGCGAGUGGCACACACACACAACGUCGUGUGUGUGUGCCACUGCACAUUUCCACUGGGCCCUGCUGCUUGUGUCGUGGGCCCAGCGUUGCGUUUACAAUGAUCGAGUUGUAACCCCCCCCCCCCAGCCCUCCCAACCAUCUACCGUGCCAUUGGUAUCUAAGCCAUUGACCUGAUCGUAAGCUCGCCCGCUGGUUCAAAUUAAUUAUCCACGGCAAGACAUUUCGGAUUUGACUUUUCGGAUGCGUUUUACUAAACACGGUUCGUUGGGGGCGGACUGCCAUGCCUGAGUGAGAGACAUGAGAAGAGUGGAAUAUUUGUAAAAGAUGACUGUUCGCUCGUGGGGGGG